CUACCCGCCCCCCUCCCUAUCUUCUCACCGAGGCAUCUGCAACGAUGAGAGAGUGAAGGCAGGAAACCAGGAGCGGAGCUCGAGCAGGAAGGAAGGAAAGGAAGGGCAGGAAAGGCAGGGAGCUUAUACGGUAGGGCUGUACUAGCCCUUUGAACUCAAACAUGGCACAGACACUGCAGCUGGAGAUUCCCAACUUUGGAAACACGUUGUUGGAGUGCCUGAAUGAACAGCGAUUACAGGGGCUCUACUGCGAUACCUCCAUUGUGGUGAAGGGACAGACGUUCAAGGCCCACCGGGCUGUUCUGGCUGCCAACAGCUCCUAUUUCCGGGACCUCUUCGCUGGAACUACUCGGGCAGCCUUCGAACUGCCAGCAGCCGUGCAGCCCCAGAGCUUCCAGAACAUUCUGAACUUCUGCUACACUGGGCGGUUGUCCAUGAAGGCGGGCGAGCAGUUCAUGCUGAUGUACACAGCAGGGUUCCUGCAGAUCCAACGCAUCGUGGAGAGGGGUACUGAGCUUCUGUCCAAGGUUAGCUCACCCAGGUGUGACUCCCAGGGGCUGAGCGCUGAAGAACCUGGCUGGGAGCCUCAGAGCUCAGCCCCAUCCCUGCCCCUGGCCCUUCCUCUCCCACUCCCGUCCCGGGUCAAAGUGGAGCAGAGCGAUGUGGGCUGUGGCCGGGGCAGACGAGCUGCCGAGGGGUGCACGGCAAGCAGCUCCAAGUCUGCCCGCCUGACACACGAGGGAGGAAGUGGGCAAGGCUGCACUGCUAAUGCACCGUGGGACAAUGCCAGCCCAGGAGGCAGCAGCCUUCACCCUAGUGACAGUCCCUUCUCCUGUCAGAAUGAUGAAGAGGAGGAGGGUGAAGAGGAGGGGCUGGAAGACAUGACCGAGGAACAGUAUGUCCAGAUGUGCAGCAUGUACAACAUCAUGAGUGUCCCACAUGGAGCAACUCCAGAGCGGGUGGAAGCUCUGCCUGAUCACAUUGAUGGGCGUUCCAGGAUGAGGAUACGGCAUGACCUGGCAGUGUUGCCUGCUGACCUCAUCAAUCAGAUUGGACAUCGCUGCCACCCCAAGCUGUAUGUGGAGGGAGACCCUUCAGAGAAACUCGAGCUUGUGACCGGUGCCAGUGUGUACAUAACACGGGCUCAGCUGAUGAACUGCCACAUCUGUGCAGGGACAAGGCACAAAGUAUUGCUUCGGAGGUUGUUGGCUGCAUUUUUUGACCGAAAUACUCUGGCUAACAGCUGUGGCACCGGAAUCCGUUCCUCCCUCUGUGAUCCUAGUCGGAAGCCACUUGAUAGCCGGAUCCUCAAUGCUAUUAAAGUUUACUGUCAGAAUUUUGCUCCAAACUUCAAGGAGAGUGAGAUGAACGCCAUUGCCGCAGAUAUGUGUACCAAUGCCCGAAGGGUGGUCCGCAAGCACUGGAUCCCCAAGCUGAAGCUGAUGCUCGCAGAGGGAGAUGGAGUCUAUCGCUCAGUCAUCACUGACGUGGCUGGUGGGGGCUUGCCAGAUGGAGCAUCUGGAAGCCAAGAAAUGGAGCUGUCAGGCACUGGGCACAGGCAUGAAGCUGGUGGAAUGAGAGCCAAUGGCUCUGGCCACAGAUAUGAGACGGGUUUUCCGGAUGGUUUAGAUGACUCUGGGAGUGGGAUUGUAGAGGCUCCAAACUAAAAUAUUCCAAUUGUCAUCUUCCUUCCCCCAAGAGAAACCCAUGGUGUAGGACAUAGGGAGUCUCAUGUUGUAGAGUUCCAUGUCUGGUCUCUUUAUUUGAUGCGUGUUAGUGGUGAUGGACUGAGAACUGGAGAUUCAGUCUGUGCAGUGUCAGUGAAGGAGACCAUCACACCAUUAACCCAUUCACUGCUGGACAUUCAUGUACUGGUUUGGAUAUAACUGCCUAGAAAUUGGGUAUCACCUUUUUAUGGUGUGAUUAAAAAAAGACCAGUGUUGUGUUUCCCUGCAAAGCACCAUGAGAGUAUUCAGCAUUGUUUGUAACCGUCUAGGGUGAUUUACACCAGUAGACAGGGCUAAAACAGGACCUGUAUUGUUUGCAAAUGGACUGAGUUCUGUGAGUAUCUGAAAAUUUAAUGAUUAUGAAUCGGAGAAAGGCAGCAGCUCUUAAAAGCACAGUCCCCUUGGCAGCUGGACACUGACUGCUGUGAAGACAGAGGCUGCAGGGGAGGCCGCCCUACAGUUUGUGGAAGAGAGCUGAAUGUUGUCAUCAGCGCUGGGAGGGAGGCCCUGGUGCUGGGUGGGGUGGAGCAAGGAGUCCUCAGCCAAGAUCACCAGAGGCAGGAGGUGGCUCCCACCGUCCUGGCUGUGAGAAUUCCCACUCAGUUGGAAAAAACACAAGUAAGGUUAACGACCUCAUGAGAACCCCCAGGGUGAGCUGCCUGCCUUUUGUAGCACCGUCAUUCAUUGAUUUAGAUAUCAGUGCAGGUGCUUUGGAGAAGAAGCAGGUGAGGGUUUAUUGUGUCAGCUGAGCUGCCCAGGCCAAUGACUGGUGAACUGUAUUGGUGUUAAGGAUUGGAGUGUCUGCAUUUUAUCCGAAGUGGGGUCUGAUUCUGUAGGCUCUUCUUGAAAGCCUCUUUUCUUUAUUGCCCAUGUAUUCACAGACCCACGGUGUUGUCUACUGGGAGCUAAGGGUGGCAGUAUUCCACAAGUCUUUCCCUGGUAGCCUUUCUUGUCCUGGCUGUUCCUGUGCCUCAUGGCCCCUGGGCUGUGGUCUCCAUGUUACUCUUCCUCCACACCAUGACACCUUCAGACUGUUAGGCUGUGGAGGGUGUGGCAAACAGCCCUGAAGUAUCUGCAGCUGCAAGGUUCCCCUACAAACGUGGGCAUUGGAAUAUCAUUUUCAGAAUACCUGCCAUUUUCCACAAUGAUCCUGGUAUUUGUAUGAAUUUUGUUAUAGUAGAAUAGGGCAGCAGUCGAGGGGCUGUGUUUCUAUGUGAGUAGACAGGCAAGUAGAGAGGGUAGUUCUGAUCUUCAGACAAUGGCCGGAGGGUUGGAUUCUGAAUGAAGACCACCAUCAGUGCUUCCCAGAAAGAAGGCAUUGGCCACCAGGACACACCCACAAUGGGCUGCUCCCACUUGUGUUUAUACUGAACACCUUUGCCUGAGAUUCCAUCUUCUCAGUAGUGUCUGGCUGAUUUCUCCACAGCAGUGAUCAGCAGCUGAUGGAGAAAUGUGGCUGUUUUUUUUUCUGAGAGUAAGUUCAGAAUUAGCUUUAUCAUGCGGAGUGUGGUGUAUCCCAGUGACGAUCCUUGGAAAACCUGAGCCUGUGAAUUGCACUGCCCUUCACAGAGGUCCAGGCAGCAGGUAGCUUCAUUGGCUCUUUGCUAAUGGGGAUAACUCCUGCCCCAAAACCUCUAGCAUUGGCUCACCACCGAGAUCCCCACAGGGUGAGGACAUCAGUAGAUCCAUGCUGCAGAAAGCAUUCAUCAUUACAGUAUGCACGAGGGGCUAGGAGGUGUUUGAGUAGCCUGCAGCCUUUUGAAACUUCCAGCCAGGGCACCUGAUGUCAAGGAGUGUCCCUUUAAAUAGGAGAGCAGCAGACCAGUGUGCUCUGAAUUGUGUUGACACUAAUGGGCAUAUUUAAAAAAAAACAGAAGUUGCGCUCUGUAGCUCCGGUUAUUUAUGUAAGAAUAGAAAUAUUUUCUUGAAUAGUGGCUUUUUAAAGUUUAAUAUUACUACAAUCAAAUCUGGAGUAAAUCACACAGGGUGCUAAUUAACCAAUUUCUAGGCACGUGUGUAUGGGAAAAUUGCCCCAAAUGUAGAUAAAGAAAAAGAAUAACUUGCAUUUUUAUUAAUCUUUCAUUUCCUACAGAUCUUCCAAAGCAGUACGAUUAAAAUGUGGUCACUGGUAUGGAUAGGGGCAAAGGUUAUACCAACAUGUCUGACAGAAUCUGAGUGAGAAAUAGGGGUUUAAAAAAAACAUAAAAAUCUUCCCAAAAAAUUUUCUUUAAACAGCGUCAUGGGAUCUUUUACAACCAUUCGAGGUGACAGAUGGGAGCAGAGUAAUGAUGUAGCACUUCUUCACUACAGGACUGUAAGCCAGGUGUACAGGUCUUGGAUUAUGAUUCAAGCAAGAAUGUUAUCCAAGGUGCAGACAAGACUAUGGACGCAGUUCUGUUUUAAAAAUUUCUACAGAGCCCAGAAGUAGGCCCUAUAUUCCACAACAUUUGUGCUAACCGUCCAGAAUUCAGUUAGACUACUGUUAUGUAAGACCAUAAACUCAUAAGACACUGAAACAGAAUUGGGCCACUUGGCCCAUUGAGUCUGCUCCCCCAUUCCAAUAUGGCUGAUUUAUUAUCCCUCUCAACUCCAUUCUUCUGCCUUGUCCCCAUAACCUUUGAUGCCUUGACUAAUCAUGAACCUAUCAAACUCUGUUUCAAUGACUUGGCCUCAGCCUCCAUCUGUUGGAAUGAAUUCCUCAGAUUCAGGCUAAAGAAAGUCCUUAUUUCUGUUCUAAAUUAAUGUCCUCUAUUCUGAACCUGUGCACUUUGGUCCUAGACUCCCCGCACAUAAUCUCCACAUUCACUCUAUACUGGCCUUUAAAUAUUUGAUAGGUUUCAAUGAGAUCCUUCCCCUUACCCCUCCCCCCCGAACUCCAGCAAGUACAGACCCAGAACCAUCAAACAUUCCUUGUGUGUUCGUUCAUUCGUUUUGUGCAUUGUCGUAUUACGUGGGCAAUCCUGGUCUUUCCAUGGCUAUGAUUUUUCUUGGCUAAUGUUUCUACAGAAGUGGUUUGCUAUUGCCUUCUUUUGGGAAGUUUUUACAAGAAUUGUGAUGCCAGCCAUUAUCAAUACUCUUCAGAGAUUGUCUGCCUGACGUCCGUGGUUGUAUCACCAAGACUUGUGAUAUG